CGUUUAGUUUAUCUGCGUUCCUCGAGCCGUUAAUAUGUUCAACCGCGUGCCGCGCGUCAAAUUAGCCUACGAUCAAGUGCAUACUUACUCAGCUUCCUAAAUACUGUGUUAUCAUCGGUCCCCGGAUUUGGUGGCGAGCGGUUCUUUUGUUCGGUUCACUUCUCCCGAGCAUAAUUAGCAAGCAUGGAUCAUUGCAUUCGAACCUGUGCAAAAAGUAACCGGCUACCGAAAAGAGAAGUGCAAAUUGUUUAUCCAUGAACAACGAGAUGAGAAAAAAGACUCAUAGUACUAAACCUGUCCGGAUCUCUACAGGGGGAGGAGUGAUAUCAAAUGUUGAAAUUGUGUGAUGUGCAGCAAGAAGAAGGAAACUGUGAAUCGAAAAGUGUCCCUAGAAAAAAAAUUCAAUGUAUUUAGAGGCGUAGUACGCUUUGAGAAGCAAUAGUGUCAACCAUAUUAUAAUGGAAAACUUCGGAUACAAGGAGGGGUCCACCAAAUCCAAACCUCCCCGGAUCGCACGCGCCACCAGCGUACUGGAAAAUGGCAUCACACCGUCAUCUUUGGCAUCGAGGUUUAAAACGCUAUCAACGAAUGGAAAUGUGCGUUGGCGUAAUGAUCCCGAAGCAAUGGCCGGUGGGUCCCUGGCGGGAGCUGACUUCGAGUACAUGCAAGUGGGUCCGUCACCACCGGCGGAAAGCGCUCCCAAUCUCUACGACAGUUACGAAGAGCCGAGUGCAGACGGUGCAACGCAAAUCUGCAGCGAAACGAUUCGAGUAUCUCUCAUGGAGCAGCUUCGAGCUUCCGGCGGGAAAGCCGUCUUGCUGGAAGAUAUCGAACACGGCAUAACUAAUGCGGAAAAUAUUCGGGAAGUGUACGAGGAAGCUUCUACGGUGGAGAAGAAUAUAAGCUUCCUGUGGGCCGCUUAUCUGAACCGUCUCGAUCUACUGGAAGGGCUGAUUGACAGUGGAGCAGAGCUUAUGUAUUUUGAUUGUAAUGGCUUGACGGCUUUACAUAUGAGCACGUUUAGUGGUUGCGUAGACUGUACAAACUUUCUUAUCAAAAAGGGCGUCGAGGUUAACGUUCAGCCGAAAUGGUUUACUCCAUUGCAUUGUGCUGCCUUUGGUAACUCAGUAGAGACUGCAAAAAUGUUGAUUAACAAUGGUGCAUGUUUGGACAUUCCUACUAGCAAGCAUAACUGUGAAGAAACUUUGCUUCACUGUGCUGUACGAUCAAACGCGGUAGAUUGUGUACGGCUGUUUAUUACUGAAGGCAUGGAUGUAAAUUUGUUAGACAAGAAUGGUAGCAAUCCGAUUCAUUUAGCUUCUGAUUUGGGCCACACACAAUGCCUACAAGCAUUGCUAGAGAGUCCGAACGCUGAUCCCAAUAUGAGAAUUCAGCUUAGAGAUAAGGAAACUACUGCGUUGCACUUGGCGGCUGACGAAGGCAAUUUGGAAUGUGUGACAUUACUUUUGUCAAAGGGUGCCGAUGCUAAAGCUAAAAAUCAUCGGGGAUUCACACCGUUACAUUUGGCAGCCCGAGCAGCCAGCGCGGAAUGCGUGGAAGCAUUACUAAGGAUAGGUAAUGCAGAUCCAAACGCUGAAGAUGCUGACCAUCGCACUCCCUUGCAUGCCGCUGUGGGCAAAUCGGAUUGUGCCUUUGAUAUUCUAGAGAUCCUUAUAUCAUGGGGUGCCAACGUAAACCACAAGGAUGUUUACGGUUUUACAGCACUGCAUCUAGCUGCACUGGAUGGGCUUGCACAUUGUGUUGAAAUGUUGCUAUUUCAUGGAGCAGACGUUACGACUAAAUCGAAAAAGGGUACAUCCGCUUUGAAUGUUAUAACGAGAAAAACGCCCGCUUCUAUGGCAAUGAUUAAUCACAAAUUGGACGCUGCUAUUACGCUGAUUCAUUCACAAGAUUCCUCAAACCGAGAGAUUGAACUCGAAUUGGAUUUCAGGAGCAUUCUGCAACAUUGCCAUCCACGUGAAAUUAGUUAUCUAAAUACUUUCGUUGAUGAAGGACAAAAAGAAAUUCUGCAACAUCCUCUGUGCUCGGCGUUUCUCUACAUUAAAUGGGGGAAAAUAAGGAAAUACUACAUAGCCCGUCUGCUGUUUUGCUUCACCUUUGUGCUAUUUCUGACGCUUUACGUGCUAACUGCUUUGGCACACAAUUGCUACAAUGGAAGUAAAGACAUGAUAGAGACCAUACAAGAGCAGGAACUAUGUCAGAAACAAUCAAUUUUAGGUGAUAUGCUUCGAAAUAAUCCAUUCGUCAUGGAGAUGCAGUGGAUGGUGCUCGUCGCUAUCACCAUAGUCGAAAUCUGCCGCAAAAUAUACGGUAUCACCGGAUAUACAUCUUUUCGUCACUACGUCACACAGGCGGAAAAUGCUAUUGAAUGGUUCAUUAUUGUCAGCGUUUUCGUUAUAUCAUACAUCUAUACCAAACGGACGUAUACUUGGCAGAAUCACAUUGGUGCAUUCGCUGUGCUACUCGGUUGGACAAAUCUGAUGCUGAUGAUCGGUCAAUUGCCGGUGUUUGGGGCAUAUGUAGCCAUGUAUCGGAAAGUGCAGGUUGAAUUUGCGAAAUUGUUCAUGGCUUAUUCAUGCAUGCUGAUUGGCUUUACAAUUAGUUUUUGUGUCAUUUUUCCGUCCUCAUCGUCAUUUGCCAAUCCAUUUAUGGGAUUCAUCACUGUUCUAGUGAUGAUGACGGGCGAACAGGAUUUGGACCUGCUGAUUAAUGAUCCCGAUGGCAAAGACCCACCUUUCUUAUUAGAAAUAAGUGCUCAGAUAACUUUCGUGCUUUUUCUCCUAUUUGUGACGGUUAUUCUGAUGAACCUUCUAAUUGGUAUUGCUGUUCAUGACAUCCAGGGUUUGAAAAAGACAGCCGGUUUAUCCAAACUCGUUAGGCAAACCAAACUAAUUUCCUACAUCGAAUCGGCUCUUUUCAAUGGUUGGCUACCAAAUUGGCUGCGAAGUUUAUUACAUUAUACCGCUUUAGUGUCACCUCAAGCCUACCGAGUAGUUCUCAGCGUAAAACCAUUGAACCCUGGCGAAAAACGUCUCCCCAGAGAUAUUAUGAUGGCAGCCUACGAGGUUGCCAAACAACGAAAGCACCUUGGACACACCAUAUCGAACCGAAAUUCAACCGUAACGUUCUUUAACUUUAAAAAUAAAUUUGAAUCGUCCACCAGCACAAGUGCUAUGGCAAUAGACCGUUCCGCUGAUUCCGAUUGCGGCUUUGAAACGGCCAGCAUCUGUACGCUGACGACAAAAAUCGAUGAGAACGCUGAAAAAAUCGAGCUAUUGAAACACGAAAUUCGCGACCUGAAGGGAACUUUGCUACAGAACCAGCACGUGCUAGAACAAUUGCUAGAAAUACUAACAGUAAAGCAACAACAUCACCAACAACAACAACUGCACAGAUCCGCAACGGAAAAGAGUAUUUGUAAAAUUAAAAAUCAUGAAUAGAACGGCUGUGAUCUACGUCUGACUUCAGCGCUGCUAGCAGUUGAUGCAGUGACCGAAUGAAUGUGUAAAUGGAAAGAGAUGUUUUAAUUACUAUAAGAUAAAGACAGCACUAUUUACCAGGUCCAUGCCGUUCGGGCGGGAUCGCAUGGAGCUGUAUGAUUGCUCGCAACAUUAUCAAAAUUUUUAUGGAGGUCAUUUUUAGUAUUUUUCCUUGAGGAUUUACACCACAUACAGACAGCGAGGUGCAAGAAUGAUUUCAAAUGUAUAAAAUAUUCGUCACAUAGUGUAUUGAUUUUUUAAUUCAUUUGCUCUAGGCUUGAGGUAAUUUAUCGAAAGGUUGAAGUGUAUGGAAUACACACUUAGCGUGAAUGGAGUUAAAUGAAAUCUGGCCAUAUGUGGUCUUGUGAUAAAAUUAGAAAAAUGUUGUAGUUUUUCUUAAAUGUAGGAGUAAAUAUGAUUUACUAAUUGAUUUCUUCUAGGAAAAAAAAACAUUGACAUGUGUGCCUUGUUACCAUUUUUGUUAUUACGUAAAUUUUAUUUGUAUCUAAUAAAACCUUUUUAACAAUA